AUGAUGCCGACGGCUCACUUGUCUGAGGACCCCCCGCAGGUCAUGAACCAGGAAGACCUCAGGCGCGCCAACCAGCUGCUCAAGAACCACCCUCCCAGUGGCAAUGCCCCCGAUGCCGAGAAGGAAAAGGCUGGCGAAAAGGCCGGCGCGGGCAGCGACUCUGCCGACGGCGAGAACGGCACCGGCAGCGCCAACGGGACGACGACGCGCCUCGAGAAGCUCGGCACACACGACAAGUACGAGAUCACCGAGGACGACUGCUAUGACGAGCUCGGCUACUCGUUCCCGACCUGGCGCAAGUGGUACAUCCUGACCGUCAUCUUCUGGGUGCAGGUCUCGAUGAACUUCAACACGUCGCUCUACUCCAACGGUCUCGAGGGCAUCAAGCACGAGUUCGGCGUCAGCCUGCAGGCCGCGCGCUGCGGCGCCAUGAUCUUCCUCGUGCUCUACGCCUUUGGCUGCGAGCUGUGGGCGCCCUGGUCCGAGGAGUUUGGCCGCUGGCCGGUCCUGCAGCUCUCGCUCUUCCUGGUCAACAUCUGGCAGCUGCCGGUCGCGCUGGCGCCCAACUUCGCGACCGUCAUGGUGGGACGCGCGCUGGGCGGCCUGUCGUCGGCCGGCGGCUCGGUGACGCUCGGCAUGAUCGCGGACAUGUGGGAGGCCGACAACCAGCAGUACGCCGUCGCCUACGUCGUCUUCUCGUCCGUCGGCGGGUCGGUGCUGGGGCCCAUCGUCGGCGGCUUCGUCGAGCAGUAUCUUCACUGGAGAUGGGCAAUGUGGGUGCAGCUCAUCCUCGGCGGCUUCGUCCAGAUCGUCCACUUCUUCACCGUCCCCGAGACGCGCACCACCAUCAUGAUGAACCGCAUCGCCAAGCGCCGCCGCACCAAGAACGGCGAGAACAUCUGGGGCCCCGACGAGCUCGUCCCCUACAGCGACCGCUUCUCCGUCAAGGAGAUCCUGUCCACCUGGGCACGCCCCUUCCGCAUGUUCCUCACCGAACCCAUCGUCCUCGUCCUCUCGCUGCUGUCCGGCUUCUCCGACGCGCUCAUCUUCAUGUUCAUCCAGUCCUUCGGCCUCGUCUACAGCCAGUGGCACUUCUCCAAGGUCCAGAUCGGCCUCUCCUUCAUCCCCAUCGGCGUCGGCUACCUGCUCGCCUGGCUGCUCUUCAUCCCGGCCAUCCGCCGCAACAUCAAGGAGCGCGAGGCCAAGCCCAACGACGAGCGCGCCCAGUACGAGUCGCGCCUCUGGUUCCUGCUCUACACGGCGCCGUGCCUGCCGAUCGGCCUCAUCGGAUUUGCCUGGACCAUCCAGGGGCCCCCCAUCCACUGGAUCGGCUCCAUGGUGUUUGCUGCAAUUGUCGGCAUCGCCAACUACGCCAUCUACAUGGCGACGAUUGACUACAUGAUCUGCGCCUAUGGCCCCUACUCUGCUUCCGCCACGGGUGGCAAUGGCUGGGCUCGUGACUUCUUGGCUGGUGUCUUGACCAUCCCUGCCGUCCCCUUCUUCAGCAACAUCGGAGCUUCCAGCGGCAAGAACCUGGAAUACGCCUCCACCAUCCUGUUCUGCAUCUCCUUCGUCCUCGUCAUUGCGGUAUACGUCAUCUACUGGAAAGGACCCGUUCUGCGACAUCGCUCCCCCUUUGCCCAGCAACUCGCCGAUGCCCGUCAAGAGCACCCUGGCCGUCGCAACAGCGUCAUCCACGAGGGCCGCCGAGCAUCAAAGGCCUCUGGCACCGACCAGCGACCAGGAGCUGAGCGACGAUACAGCCAGCAGCACCGCUUCUUCGGUGAAAGCCGCGUCACCCCUCGCCAAACUCCCCGUGCCGGCCCCAAGACGUCCGCGGCAACGAUUCGGGAGUUGCUGAAGAAGACAUCGAGUGAUGUCGAGGUAUAUGGCGUCUAUCGCAAUCUAGGAAAAGUCCCCGAAGAGUUCAAGUCGCAUCCCAACUUCCGCGCCGUGUGCGGCGACAUUGAGAAUGCGUCUUCGCUGGACCUCGUCGGCUCAGAUGCCGUGAUGACGAGCACGCCGCCAAUCUUCAGCGAGGGUGACCCUUUCACCAAGGCAGAACAGGUGUCGCAGAACGUCAAGGAUGCCGUUGAAAGAGCAGGAGGGGUAAAGCGGCUGAUGCUGCUCAGCAGCUUAGGCGCCGAGUUUGCCGAAGGCGUUGGCGAAAUCAAGACGAACCACAUUGCUGAGAAGAUCCUGGGGACUACGAAUGUCCCGGAGAUUCUCAUCGUGCGAUGCGGGUACUUUAUGGAGAACUGGGCGCUGUUCAGCGCCCAGACGCUUCAGGGUAGCGACGGGCCGUACGUGGACUCGACCAUCACGCCGCUCGACUUCCAGCUGCCUAUGGUGGCCGUCGCGGACAUUGGGUCGACUUUUGCGACGGGCCUGCUCUCGAGCUAUGCGCCGCCGACCAAGCCUUACGUGUUUGCCCUGCACGGCCCGCGGGAGUACUCGCCGAAUGAUGCCCAGGUCGCCCUUUCCAAGGCGAUGGGGAGGCCGGUUGCGAUCAGGGCGAUUGAGAGGAGCAAGAUGCCUGAGUACUUCGGCGCGUUUCUGCCGCCCAGUCUCGUGGGGAUCUGGGUGGAAAUGUCCUUGUCGUUCUUGCCAGGCGGCAUCGCCGCGCCGGGUUCCGCGGGGGUUGAGAAGUUGGAUAUUGUGCGUGGCAAGAUUGGAAUCGAAGAAGCUCUCAAGGAUGCUGUGGCUGCGGCAACGAGACCGGAGAUGCUGCUGAAGGGCGCCGAUGACGUUGAAAUGAUCGCCAAGCAUCAAUUAUUACGCCUCCGCGUCAGCCAGGGUAUUCCUGGCACGCGACGCGCCUUGAGCAGUACCUGCGUCCGGAGGCACAACGGAGCGGCUGCCCCGGCAGAGACGACACCGAAUUCACGAUGGCUCUCGGACAUGCGCCAUCGACUGUCUACGGGCAUCUCCAAGAGGGCGGAAGAACCCAAGGUUGUCGCACAGCUAAAGCAUCACAUGAGCUAUCUGGACCAACACUGGCUCAGUCUGUCUGCCGGCCGCGAAGGCUUCCUCGCUGAGCCUCAAUGGCGGGGGUUAGACAAGCACAACAUUGCAUGGGGGGACAUGCUGACUCUGAUAGGCCACGUGAACAACGUCAUGUAUAACCGAUUUGCUGAAUCCGGUCGCGUCAACUGGAUGAUGAACGUGGCUGCUCACGUCGCACCUGAAAAUCGACGAGAAUUCACAGACCUCAUGUCGCCACGAGGCAUAGGUCUGAUCCUUGCCAGCAUACGAACCGACUAUAAAUUUCCGAUGACCUUUCCCGACCAAGUCACUGUGCUACACAAGCUUGUAACAAAGCCAGGCAGCACGUCCGACAGAAUCCUCAUGGAAGCGGUCGCCUACUCGCACAAGCACAAACGGGCAGCCGCGCGGUUCUUUGAGGACAUUGCCGUGUACGACUACCGAGCAGCAAAGAAGGCGCCGCUCAAGCCCUUCAUGGUAGAGGAGAUGCAGACCAUGUACGAGUUGCAGGAUCAGCGGCGGCAACAAACCGAGCAAAAGGUCCAAGAGCUCCUUCAGUCUAUGGACGAGCUUCAAGUUUGA